AUGAAGAAAUUUUCUUCUGAUGAGGAAUUCAUAGGUUUUUGCUACAGAAACCAUUCCCGGCACGCGGAGCGCUGGGAAGGGCAGGCAGCUCCUCAAGACGCCUCCGAACUGCCGCUCCGUGUCAGAAGCGGCACCGCUCCAGCGCUUCAGACAACGCAGUUAGCCACCAAGUACUUUGAGCAGGCAGCGCCUUCGCCGCCGCCGCCUCCCGGCUCGCGGGGGCCCGCACCGACACGGAGAGGGGGGGGACGAGCCGUGCAGGCAGCGCUGACCCCGGCCCCGCCGCCCACCCGCCACCGCGGCCCGAGCCCCGGGCCCCAACGCUCGCAGAAUGCUCGGCAUGCCUGGAAACUUGCACAACGCACCAAAAAUGUCCGUCUGGGAGGCUGGAAUGAACUUCCUCUGCCGCUGGCCGCGGAGGGAGGGUACUGCCCGUGCCCGCCGGGAACAGAAACAGGCCGGAGGAAGAGGGUGAGGGGUGAGGCCAGCGAAACGAGGGUGCCCCGCAGCACGCGGGCUUUAGUUGUAGGAAGAAAUACUUCCGUCACUUGCCAGUGGCUUGGAACAACGUGUUCCACUGAACAGCAUUUUGCCGAGUUUAACUUCAGAAACUACUUCGCCAGCCCCGGCAGUUCCCUGCUGUCAACUCCAACCUUCCUGACAUACCAACACGUUUCAAAAAGACGAUGUUUUGGUUUGACCUUCACGAUAGCUUCAAAAGAAUAUAAUGCUUUGAGUAAGCUCAAAAGUACCGCAUCUGGGAUUUUAUACAAAGUUGAGACAAUGGGCCUUUCGUAAGAUCUAAUUAAAAGUUGUAAUGGGCAUUUAAAAGUAACAACGCAAUUUUUAAUGUAGAUGAAAAAGAAUUCCAGAGAGAGUAACUUUGUGUUCUGUCCAUUCAGGGGCUACUACUUAAAAUAAUCAAAUAAUUCAGUUUAUGCCUAUCAGUAUUUUAUUCAGCACUUUUAGCACACCAAAGUUCAAAAAAAUACAAAACGAUUAAUGAAGCACAGAAGACACAUGAAAAAGUGUCAGUUUAGAAGCUACAAUAUAAAUGAAUUAAUAAAAGGCAAGUCAUAAAUACAUGGCUGGAA